AUGAAGACAACAGCCACCAUGUUUGUCCUCACCGCCUUCUUGUUCGUCACCGGCGGCGACGCCUGCGGCAACGUCCCCCUGGUGCGAUGGACGGACGCUUGUGUCAAGACGGGCGAGACGGCGGAGCUGUACCACGUCUGCCAGGAGACGCUGCAGCACGGGCCGGACGUGGCGGAGCUGACCGCGUACGUGAUCCUGGCGGCGAGACUGGCCAAGUGGUCGUACGACGACACGGUGGGCAGGGCGGAGCAGCUGAUCGCCGGCGGGUCGCUCCCGGGCGACCAGCGGGCGUCCUACCAGCAGUGCAUCGACAGCUACGCCACGGCGCGCAUCCAGAUGGUGGGCGUGAUGGACGAGCUCACCCAGUGCGACUUCACGCACGCCGGGGAGGAGCUCGAGGCCGCCGUGGCCGCCAUGGAGGCCUGUGGCAAAGGGCUGGCCGCCGGCACGCCGCUGGCCGCCCUGAACGCUGCGGACAAAGACCGGACCACGGUCGCGUAUGAUUUGGGCGUCUUGGUCGUUGGCAGAGCUCCUGGUUCCAUGAACCCCUAG